UAUUAUAAAUUUUAAAAUUAAUGUACGAACCUAGUAAAAAAACAUCGUACACUAUCGUAUACACAUCGUACUUUAUAUAAAUUACUUAAUUAACCUUAUAAACUCAAAUUAAUAAAUUGAAAAACCUUUUAAAAAAUAUUAUAAUAAUCAUAACUAUUAGUUAAACUUAAAGUGAAACCCCCCACCACUUCUCCCAUUUUCUUUCGAAAAACUCUUGCAGUGCUUCCACCAUUUCAUUUCUUCUUCAGCGGCACUGACAGUCAAUACUCAACCAAGGAGAUAUGGAUGGGCUCAGCCGCAAUAAUCAAUCCAAGUUAUGGGUGUAUUUGGCUUUUAGAGGCGACACAGUGAAUUUGAAUUGGGGAUGGUUCAGAUUGAAGGAAUGUAAUCAUUUGGGGGAAAGUAUGUCUGGGCUUGGAAUCUCGGGUACGAAUCAAUCCCCUUAUUUUUUUAUAAGAUUUAAAAUAUUUGGAAUUUUUAUACAAGUUAUAUUUAAGUAAGAUUUAAAAUAUUUGGAAUUUUUAUACGAGUUGUAUUGUGAAUCGGAGUCGAGAAAGUAAGAUUCAAAAUAUUUGAAAUUUUUAUACGAGUUAUAUUGUGAAUCGGAGUCGAGAAAGUAAGAUUCAAAAUAUUUGGAAUUUUUAUACAAAUUAUAGUGUGAAUCGGAGUGGAGAAUUGAAGUAAACCCUUGCAGAGUCCUAAAUUUUCAUGUGCAUCUUUAGUAUUAAAACAAUCGUUCAGACUCCAUCAUCUAUAGAAUUCGAAAACCCUAAUUAUGUUCUAUUUAUUUGGUUCUUGAUUUGGUUGGUGCAGGAUUAAUUGUUGUAGCAGUGUCAGGUCAAAAAUCAUCACAGCUCUCUCCUCCAUCUAUUUUUAAGCCGGAGACAAUUUCGGGAUAAAUUAUAGAUUCAGAACUCCAUCGAGCCGUAGAGAACUUUGAGAUAAAUAAUAGAUUCAGAACUCCAUUGAUUUUUCAUUCGGCAGCCUCUCAUGUAAGUGAUUAAAUUACGUAAACCAUAUAUAUGCAGGUUUUUCAAAAGCAAGAGAUUCUAAUAAUUUCAAAAUUGAUGUUCGAUUAUAGUUGUAAAUAUGUAUAUAAGACGUAUUUUUUUCGUAGGGGUGAUAAAAAACCUAAUAAUCUAAAGCGCAAAUUGAGCUACAAUGAUUCGUAUAUGAAAACUAGUCACAAGUCUGUGAAGAUUGAGUUGCCAUCCGCAUUUACAGAGUCCAGCAUGGAUACGAAGAGUGCAAAAGCCUGGAAUAACAGCGGCAAAGGUUAUAAACUGUACAGCGAGAGACAUCACGUGAAAUGUGAUGAGUUUCUUAACCGAAAUAGAAUAUUAAAGAGUUGAAUUGGGCCGGUCUCAUCCGAACAACUCUAAAUGAAGGAAUCAGAAAGUGGAAGAAUACAGAACAUGCAUAUAUUGGUGGAUCUUUGGUUUUUCUUCAGGCCUUUCAUAACGUUUUUAACGAAACAAAGGGUUAAUUCAUUGACUGAUGAUAUACACAAAGAUGUUCCAUACUGGAAUGCCAUGGAAUGCUACUUUGCUUUGAAUGAAAUCUCCACGCCGAACCCCGUGGAUGAGACAAAAGUGAGAAAAGAAGAUAUUGAUACAAGUGAAAAUGAAUUGAACGAAAUACAUGAUGUGAGGGGUGAAGAGUUCAUGGAUUUCAAUGUGGAUUUAAAUGUGUUAGGUGAUCAUCGUGUACAUGGAGAUUCACCUAGUGAUCGAGAAAAAUCAUUGAACAACCAAGGUGAAACUCGUGAAUUGAAAGAGGAUGUGGUCUGCAAUUAUCGGGUCACCCAACAAAUCGGGAAUGCAUACGAUGACUCUGACAUAAAAAAUCAAUUGUCGCUGUUGAUUGCACGAGUAAGUAAUAUCGAGAGACAAGCAAAGUAUGUACAAGAUGACUUUUUCAUAAGAAAUCAAUUAUCAUUGUUUGGUGCACGAUUAAGUGGUUUCGAGCAACAAAUGACUCAGUUAAUGAAUACCAUGGGUGAGGUGCUGAUCCGAUGUGUCACCCGAUCUGCCAGUGGAGAUCAAUUUGGGGACCAGCCAAGUAGUCAAGAAAAUGUUGAUAAAUUCAAGGAUGUACUUAAAGAACUGAAAAUUUUAGAGUUAAAAAUUCCAUCAAUGAUAUGGGAUACAUGGGAUGUAAUAUGUCGCAAGGCAAACAAUGCACACAUAUCAUCAAACGUUACCGGACAAAAAAUCGAGGUAGAUACCGUAUUGAAAAAAAAAAUAGACGAAGAUACCGCGUUGAAGCAAAAAAUAGAGAAAUAUAUCGCAUUGAAGAAAAAAAUAGAGGAAGAUACUGCGUUGAAGCAAAAAAUAGAGGAAAAUACUGCGUUUAAGCAAAAAAUAGAGGAAGAUACUGUGUUGGCAAAAAAACUAGAGAAAGAUACCGUGUUGGAGAAACAAAUAGAGGAAGAUAUCAUUUACAUCCACGAAAAUGAACAACUUAUUAGCGCAAAAGAGAAAGAAAGUCCAAUAAACCCUAUAGGAGCAGACUUCGACGCCAUAAUCAAAUUCUUGUUUGAUCCAAACUUGGAUCAGAGUACUUGGGUGAUAAACUUUGGAGGACGAGGAUGCAACAGGAAGAACUUGAUGGGCUUGAAGCCUUGUGAAUUCAUAGAUGGAAUUGUGAUAGAUUGUGUAGCAUUUUUGUGCACACGAAAAAGUAUAGAGGGUAGAAUGGAAGAUGCUCGAUGGUACUUCCCCGCAAUAUUUGCCGUAUGUCUAUGUUUAAUCUAAUUUUUCAAUAACCCCAUUCGAUAAAAUUUUUAGUUUUUGUAUUAUAAGUAUUCAUAAUUUAUUUUGUUGCAGCAACUUUGUUUG